CACAGAGGCGUGUCGUCCAUAGGCCUCAUAACGCUGCCACAAUGGUGUUGUUAUCCUUCGACCCUCAGCACAUAUUAUAGGAAGUUGUAGAGGAGAGUUUUGUAAUUUUAGGUAGUGAGUGACGUUCCCAGCCACUCCUUUAAUCUUUGAUGAAAUGUGUUUGGUACUGCGAAGGAGGGUUGUUCUCCGUUGUCUGUUGUUUAAUUUAUCCGUGCAUUAAGGCAGGGAGACUAGCCGCAGGAAGGUAAUGCAACGGUACACUUAGAAGAUGCAGAAUGGCACAACAGCACCCAAAGGUUCCGUUCAGAACUACUGGUUCCACCUUGUUACAUCCCAUCAGUGUUGCUGUCGGUUUACCCUUGGACCAGGUCAAUUUUGUUGCCUGCCAGCUAAUUGCACUAUUGGCUGCAUUUUGGUUUCGUCUUUACCUAAGCCCUAAUCAUACAAGUUUUACUGUUCGCCAUACUGUUGCAAUACUUUUGGGCAUCUACUUUGCAAUAUUUUGCUUUGGAUGGUAUUCCUUGCAUAUUUUUAUACUGGUAUUAUCAUGUUACUUCAUCUUGAACAAAGCCAGCAUCACAAACAUACACAGGUAUUCCUUCAUAGCAGCUGUUGGAUACCUCACACUGUGCCAGAUUAGUAGAGUCUAUAUAUUUGAUUACUGGCUGCUGUCUACAGAUUUUUCCGGUGGACUGUAUUGUCCAUUGAUGAUCAUUACACAGAAGGUCACAACUCUUGCCUUUCAAGUGCAUGAUGGUAUUGGAAAAAAGGUUGAAGACCUCACUGCGGAGCAGAAGCAGUUAGCUGUAAAGGAAAGGCCUUCUUUCCUGGAGUACCUUAGUUAUAACCUUAAUUUCCUCAGUAUCCUUGCUGGGCCAUGUAGUAAUUUCAAGGACUAUAUUGCUUUCAUUGAAGGAAGACAUGUGCAGAUGAAGCUUUUAGAAGUUAACUGGAAAUUGAAGGGGUACAGCAAACUUCCAGAACCUUCUCCAGUGGGAGCUAUAAUACGAAAACUGCUCCUCACACUUGUUUGUUUAGUUCUUUUCCUGACAUUUUCCAAGAAUUUUCCAUUCAUGUACUGUGUCGAUGAAAGAUUCAUGAAUGAAUUCAGCUUUUGGUCAAGAGUGACAUACAUCCACAUUUCUCUCCAGUUUUUAAAGCCAAAGUACUACAUUGCUUGGACACUAGCUGAUGUUGCCAAUAAUGCUGCAGGAUAUGGGUUCAGUGGUGUUGAUCAGAAUGGCAACUUUCACUGGGAUUUAAUUUCGAACAUAAAUGUAUGGAAGAUUGAGACUGCAACAAGUUUUAAAAUGUACAUCGAUAACUGGAACAUCCAAACAGCAGCUUGGCUUAAACGUGUUUGUUAUGACAGGGCCCCAAAAUAUCCAACGGCGUUAACAUUUAUUUUGUCUGCCGUGUGGCAUGGCGUAUAUCCCGGAUACUACUUUACAUUCAUCACUGCUAUCCCCAUUAUUUUAGCAGCAAGAGUGAUGAGGAACAAUUUCAGGCAUUGCUUCCUUUCCUCAGAGAAAAGAAAGGUCGUCUAUGACAUCAUAACUUGGAUCGUUACGCAAAUGGCAGUUUGCUAUACAGUUACACCUUUUGUAUUACUUGCAGUGGAUCCAACCAUCAAAUAUUAUAAGUCGAUGUAUUUUCAUUUUCACAUCUUAAGUAUACUAGUCCUUCUCCUUCUGCCAAGUAGACCAAGGAAGAGUAUUCAUCAAUAUUAUCAAAAUGAAGGUAUGAAGAACUUCAAUAACAAUAAGAAGGAACAAUGACUCCUCCAGAACUAAAAAUGUGUGCUGUUUAAGAACACGAGUCAUCAUUGGAGGCAAAAGCACUGCAUUCGAAUAAUUUCUUCAAACAAGGACUUUGUUGCUGGCAGCGUUAGUUUCAAAGGUGGCACACAGUAAAGAAUGUAAACUGUGUGAUCCCACUUUUGAUUUCUUAUGCCGUAGAUGUGUAUUAUUGUAAAACAUGUUGAAAUAUUUCAGCAUAGAAGUAUAAAUGCAUUUAUUUUAUUUGCGUAUUUUUAUAUAUUUACAUUAUGAGGAAAUGCACUUAAUAGGUAUUGAACAUUACAGGAAAUUAAUGAAUCACAUAAUUGUUCUGCUGGGCAACAAGUAUGUUGUAUUUCCUUUUUCAUAAUUGAAAAUUAUCCUAUUAUAUCUUCCUUCAUGCAGGGAAUUAAAAUACUUGAAGAUCAUUUUUGUAUAAAUUGCUGCAAACAAUAAAUAUUUUAUGGGAAUGUGUUGAA